AUGGAUGAUUGUGCCCUUGAGAAAUCAGAUUUGGAAGCUGAGUAUGUGAAGGAGGCAGCGAAAGAGAAGAUGGUUCAGCUCAAGGGACAUAGAUAUAGGUCAGUGGGAGGGAUGAUGAGGGCUUCUAUUUAUAAUGCCAUGCCUUUGUCUGGGGUUGAGAAGUUGGUUGCUUUCAUGAAGGAUUUCCAGGGUUGUGCAUCGACGCAGACGGAAACGGAUUGGAGUGUGAUAGCUGAGGACAAGUGCAACAUGAAGAGCUCAGGGGAGAAGCGGAUUCGAGAGGAGAUGGAGGAGAUUUUAUCCAAUCCCCCCGACGAUUUCAAGUGCGUCAUGCUCCCGUGGAACUCAUAUGAAUGGUUCUUUGCAACCAGAGGCGCUCUUGGAACUGAAUUCGAGGGUGGCAUUUAUCAUGGGGUGCUCCAGUUUCCCAAGUAUUACCCAUUGGAGCCUCCUUCAAUCAUGCUCUUAACGGAAAAUGGUCGCUUCAAAAUCCAAACCAAGAUCGGAUUGAACUGGCAGCCAUCAUGGGGUGUGCGAGAAGCUUUACUUCAUCUUAUUCGUUUAAUGACCACCUACCCCGACGGUGAAUUGUGUUCAGUAGAAUACAAUAAGGAAAAAAGGCGUGCCCUGGCCAUCAAAGCUCGUGCAGAAGCCCCAAAAUAUGGCACUGCUGAAGAUCAGAAGUUAAUUUAUGAGAAUCAUGAAUAUAUGCUAAGAAAAACAACCCCUCCUGUUCCUCCUCUGAGCCCCUCCCACAGCGGCACAGGGGGUACAGGUGGCACAAGCGGCACAGGCGGCGGCUCCGUCUUCAACAUUUCUGAGAAUAAUUUUUAUGCUAUCAAUUCCAAAGGAGUUGGAAUUUUGGAUUCUAUGAAUUAG